UUGAAGGCCGGACGUUGGGAGGGGGACGGGCCUCCAGGACAAGUACUUCCACCCAGAGGAAGAGGGGCGUCCUUACAGUCGAACCGCUCCUCCCAUGGUCCGGCCCACUCCGGGGGGCACCUCAGCGGGAGUGCUGCGGGGACCCCGGAGGUGGAAAGCUAACCAUGGGGAAGAGCUGCAAGGUGGUCGUGUGCGGCCAGGCCUCGGUGGGCAAAACUUCCAUUCUUGAGCAGCUCCUGUACGGGAACCAUGUUGUGGGUUCUGAGAUGAUUGAGACCCAGGAAGACAUCUACGUAGGCUCCAUUGAGACAGACCGAGGGGUGCGGGAGCAAGUGCGUUUCUACGACACGCGGGGUCUCCGAGAUGGGGCCGAGCUGCCCAGGCACUGCUUCUCCUGCACUGAUGGCUACGUCCUGGUCUACAGCACAGACAGCCGAGAAUCGUUUCAGCGCGUUGAGCUGCUCAAGAAGGAAAUCGACAAGUCCAAGGACAAGAAGGAGGUCACCAUCGUGGUCCUUGGCAACAAGUGUGACCUGCAGGAGCAGCGUCGUGUCGACCCGGAUGUGGCACAGCAUUGGGCCAAGUCAGAGAAGGUGAAACUGUGGGAGGUGUCAGUGGCCGACCGCCGUUCCCUCCUGGAGCCUUUCAUCUACCUGGCCAGCAAGAUGACCCAGCCCCAGAGCAAGUCCGCCUUCCCUCUCAGCCGCAAGAACAAGGGCAGUGGCUCCCUGGAUGGCUGAAGGGCUGCCCUUCUGUCUUUACCGUUCCAACCCCAUUCUGGGAUGGGCUGAGGGCACAGGGGCACAGAAGCAAGCCGUUCUUCCAGUCAGUAAGGGAACGACCCUCCAGGUCAGGAAGCUGGGCUGGCCCAGGCCAGUACCACUUUUGUCCCCUCUUAACUCCAAGAAGUGCAAGAGAACUUGAUUGCUGGCCUUCCCCGUGACCCUUCCAUGAUAGCCCACCCUGCCCCCGGCUCACAUCACAUUUUCUCCACAGUCACCUGGACACUUAGGGUACAUAGUGUCUCUUCCAUCUGCCUGGGCAGGAAGCGGGGCUGUCAUGCCAAAGUGCCCAGUCCAGGGUCUAGCUCCUAUCAGGGAUUCCAGCUCUCUAAAUUUCCUGCCAGUAACCCAGCACCAGCCUGGGCCUGAGAAAGGGACCAGGUAUUGUGAGCGCACGGUUAUACUUGCUGAUCUUAGGUUUGGCUCCUCGUCCCUCACCCUGACCUUUCCCCUGGCCUGUCCAAGACUGGGAAAAGCCAGGCUUCUGGGAGUGGCGUUUUCUGUUUGACCUCCACCCAUCUCCCAGCCGUUUCACUUCCUCUUCCUGCUCUGGGAGCAGAGGCCUCAUUGGUUGCGGUGGAGUGGAAUGAUGACUGGCAUGUCCGUCACCCUGUGACCUCCCAAGGCCAUUCUUCUCUGGGCGUCAGUUUUCUCAUCUGUGAGUUGACAGGAGCUUGGAUACUCGGUAGUUUUCUACACUAGGUGGCUUGGGCCUCCUGUGUCUCUGCCCCUGCUUCACCCUCUUCAAGGUGCUAUACCUACCAGCCCUGGCGGCUGGACCAGCCUCUGCUAACCACCAGGGGGCAGGAGCGCACUCUGUGCGCCGAGGAGCACCGUCUGGACCCGCCCGUAGGGCUGGUGUCCAUCCCUCGGGUUGUUUUCGGCUAGUGGCUGGAUUUAUAUUUAUAUUCUCUGUAUUUGUCUGCCUGCUACCCUGGUGAAGGUGGGAUAAGCCCCUCCUCCAGCCCUUCCUUCUUACCUCAGAUGCCUGAACAGAACCAGGCAAACCAGUAGCAGCUUCCUAGGAGCUGCCAGGCCUUGCAUCCGGGGUUGUGCUCUCAAGGGAGCCCAUAACCCACAACUUCUGGUGCCCACCUUGAGCCUCUGAUGUGCGCACCUCACGUGAGUUAGACACUACAGCCAGGCCACCUCCAGUACCACCCUCCUCUUCAGAGCACGUGAGAAGGGGCUGGUGCCCGGGGCUGCGCAAGGAGAGUCAGGGCAUCUACAGGCUCAGGCUUGAAGUUCAUUUAUUAAUGUGUUGGACACAAUAAAACCACAACUGCUGUUAUCAAAAA